GGCUGUCUACUUUUCUCAUCGCGGCGGCAUCAGCAGCAGCAAGAGUCCUCAACGUACUCAUCGUCCACGCGUACGCACGCACGUACUCUAGCAGCCUAGCAGGCAGAAGCCACGAGCAGCCAGAGCUUAGCCAGCCAUGGAAGAGGACGAGAUGAGGAUGAGAGAGAAGCUGGCCACGAUGGACGAGAGGCAGGCGAUGGCGAUGCGGCUCACCUGGAUCUCUGAGCUCGUCGCCAGCAACAAGAAGUCGAUCGCCGGCAACAAGGCCUACAUCCUGGCCCUGAUCGACGCCAUCGACAACGACCGGUGCCCGUACACCGCCGCCGAGCUCUCCGACAAGAUCCGCGAGCUCCGGGAGGACAGGGUGACCGUCAUCCUCCCCGCGCAGGCUGUCAUCAAGACGAUGAUCGACUCGGUGCGAGCAGCUACGCCCGCCGCCGGCGGCGAUGGUGGUACUCGUCGUCGUGGCGCCGACGACAACUCCGGUGCCAUUGGCUGUGGCCCAACUCACCAGUCGCGGACGAUCAGCCGGUAGAGUAUGUAAUUAGGAUAUAUGUAACCCAUCGCUGUCGAUUUAAUUUAGCCAGGAGUAGUUUCUUUUUUCAAUUACAUACUCUACCAUGCAAUGAAGGGUGUGUUUAGUUCACACCAAUAUCGAAAUUUUGGUUGAAAUUGAAAUGAUGUGAUGGAAAGCUGAAAGUUUACGUGUGUAA